UGAUCCGCUUUCUUAUCUUGCUUUUUUUCCCUUCCUUUCCGCUUUUCCCCUCUUCAAUUUUCUAAUACUUUAUUUUCCUUCUACAGCGGUCGCUGCUGUUUACUUUACCAAUUUUCUAUCUUCUUUCAUCUAUACAUCUCGACUACACGACUUGAUUUCGGUGCGCUUGGCGAUCAUGUCUCACCAUAUGGAGGAUGCACACAAGCGACCCAAGGGUAUCUUGAAGAACUCCAGCUCUCAAGUUCCGCAGGUCGCGCAGCAUGCUCACGCCACUCUGACGAUCCCUUCGACCUCGGCCGACUCUACGGACACCAAGGAAAUCACUCUUCAGAACACCCUCCAGAAUGCCGGUCGACGUCGGUCGUCAUCCAACACUCGCCCCGGGUCUUCGUCGCGACGACAGUCUCUUGCCAGCAUCCACGGGCAUCACGACGAGUCUUCACCUCGCCUGAAGUGGGACGAAGCCAACCUGUAUCUGACUGAGCAGGAGAAGACGGCCAAGAUGAAGAUCGAUGAACCGAAGACUCCCUAUGCGCCGCGCUAUGACCCCGCCGAGGAUGAAGACGAGCUGGCGGGUGAGGAAAGUCUGAUUGAUGCGCAAGAGGUGGUGGUGGACGAACUGGACAAGACGAAGAAGGCGCACAAGAAGGCGAUCGCAGAGGAUGAUAUUCCGGAGUUGGAGCUGGGAGAGGCUGAGGAGUAUGGCGGUGAUGCGCACAUGGGAGAUGCGGAUCGGAUCGUGCGCGAACGAAGCCUGAGCAAUGACUCACAUCGGGGCGGGAAGCACGUUGUGGUCGGGGCUGGCGAGCUGAAUGGCGAGACGGAGUCUGGUGGAGAUACGUUGAUGACGGCGGGCGAAGCCGAGGAAAAGCAUCGCCAGUUCGAGCAGCAUCGGAAGAAGCACUAUGAGAUGCGGAACAUUAAGGAACUCCUUGCUCACCCGGAAGAGCUCGAGGACGAAAUGGACGAAGAUGAAGACGAGGGGGACAGCUCGAGUGCCACAGUGCCGCCCCCGAUGCCUAGGAUUCCGGAGCGAUUUCUUAAUGGAGGAAAGUGAGGGUGAAAGAAUGGACGGACAGAAAGA